AUGUGGCUGGGCGGUAGAUGUUAUGCCCUCGCGGCACUGCUGCUAAUCUCGUACGGUGUACCGUGGUGUGUGCGGGCAUCGAACGUUGACAAGGUAAAGUUGCAAGCCCAGUCCCCACAGGACGACAGCGAGGGUGAAAGUAAGGCACCGCCCGGUAACGAGCGGGUGGUGGAGAAUGUUGCGACCAACCAGCGCAAGUCGGCCGAAGGGCUAAUAAAGUUGGAAGAGGAGCAGAAGGUUCCGGGCAGCAUCGACCAGGAGCAACAUCCCUGGGAAAAGAUGGACCUGGACACGAUCAAGCUGGUGCAGAUAACGGAUUUGAGCAAGGAGAAGGAUAGCAAGAAGAUUCCGAGCGUGCUGUACGACAUACUGGAGGUGCAGAAGGUGAUGAUACAGAACAUCGUGAACGAGAUCGAGGAGAUCGAGCAGCAGCAGCAGGGUAGGCAAAGUGCGGAAUUGGUACCACCGAGCGAGGAGGCUACCGAGACGCUCAAAGUCUACGAGUGGGCACUCAGAGAGCUGAACAGGACACGGGUAGACCGUUUGCUCGGCCACAGACUAAUGGUGGAAGCGGCAGGUAGAGGACAUCCACUGGCCCGAAGCCACGUCGCCUGGGCCCAGCUGCUCGGAAGUCCGGUCGCGCUGGAUAUUGAGGCAGCGAAGCAAACGUUUCUCGAACUGGCCGAAGAAGGCCUUCCGGAUGCGCAGAUGGGGCUCGGGUUUAUGCACGCGGCCGGCAUCGGAUUUAACGUCAGCCAGGGGAAGGCACUGCUCUACUACACGCUGGCGGCGGCUGGUGAAAACUCCUGGGCUCAGAUGGCACUUGGCUACCGGUAUUGGGCCGGCGUUGGUGUGCCAAAUAGCUGCGAAACGGCCCUUGAAUAUUACCGCAAGGUGGCAACAAAGGUAGCUUCGCAGGUUACAUUUUCCGGCGGUGCCGCCGUACAUCGGAUCCGUCUGCUGGACGAGGUGGACAAUUCCGGACCUAGCUCCGGCAUCCUCGAUAACGAUCUGAUUGACUACUAUCAACUGCUGGCGGACAAGGGUGACGUGCAGGCGCAGGUUGGACUGGGUCAACUCCACUAUCAGGGUGGACGGGGUAUACCGCUUGACCAUCAGCGGGCGCUACAAUACUUUAGCCAUGCGGCCAAUGCCGGUAAUGCGGUUGCGAUGGCAUUCUUGGGUAAAAUCUACCUGGAAGGCAGCGACAACAUCAAGGCAGACAACGAGACGGCGAUUAAGUACUUCAAAAAAGCGGCCGAUCUAGGCAAUCCGGUUGGCCAGAGCGGGCUCGGCAUCAUGUAUCUGCAUGGUAAGGGUGUACGGAAGGAUACGAUGAAGGCUCUCAAAUACUUCGCCAAGGCAGCGGAUCAGGGUUGGGUCGAUGGACAGCUCCAGCUGGGAAAUAUGUACUACAGUGGAAUCGGUGUUCAGCGGGAUUUUAAGCUGGCAAUUAAAUACUUCAGCCUGGCGUCCCAAUCUGGCCACGUGCUAGCAUUCUACAAUCUGGGCCAGAUGCAUGCGAUCGGACUCGGUAUGAUACGGUCUUGCCCGACCGCGGUCGAACUGUUCAAGAAUGUCGCGGAACGCGGCAAAUGGGCGGAUCGGUUAAUGUCCGGCUACCAGGACUAUAGAUCGUACCGAUUCGAGGAAUCGUUCAUGCAGUACGCGCUACUAUCGGAGAUGGGUUAUGAGGUGGCCCAGAGCAAUGCCGGCUUUCUGCUCGACCGGGAAGAAGUGAACCUAUUCAAGGAUCGUGGCGAGGAGCUUGUGCGUGCCCUCCAGUACUGGGGUCGUGCCGCUGCCCAGGGCUAUUCGGCGGCACAGGUUAAACUCGGCGACUAUCACUACUACGGGAUGGGCACACUGAUAGAUUACGAGAUGGCCGCAUCUCACUACCGAAUGGCUUCCGAGCAGCAAAACAAUGCACAGGCCAUGUUCAACCUGGGAUACAUGCACGAGCAAGGUUUGGGCAUGAAGAAGGACAUCCAUCUUGCUAAGCGGUGCUACGAUCUGGCCGCGGAUUCCAGCGUCGAUGCGAAGGUUCCCGUCACGCUAGCGCUCAUCAAGCUGCAGCUUCUCUUCAAGCUUGAAUCACUCAAAGAGACACCGUUGAAAAUAAUUUUCAACUUGGAUGAAAAUAUUGCCUCCAACUGGGACCUGUAUCUGAUCACGGUCAUAACGAUACUGUGCGGUGCAGGACUUUACUUCCGACGCCCCGUACCCGCACCGAUACCAACACCACCAAACGCAACCAAUACUGAAGCGCGACCAACAAGGACGGAAAGCAAUGCUCCUACCGUGCCGGUUUCCUCUACCACAGCCACUACUUCUACUGCUCCUAAUACGGCAACUGAUAGUAAUGCUACUACCACCGACACUACAAAUGCUGGUGAGAGCGAACUAAACCACCCAGACAGUGCAGAAACCGCAGAAACGAGGGCAAACCGCAAUAAUGAGCCUCGUGCAGAUUCCACGUUAAAUGAAAACGUUGACUAG